CUUCCAUAAGCUAAGGGCCUUAGAUCACCCGUCGCUCGCUGCCGAUUCCGAAGUUGCUUCUGAUGAUCUAUUUUACUCUGCUUCCUUUUGCAGCUAUCGUAUCGUCUAACAGGUUUUCAACAUUCCUGUAAUUUGUCCGGAGUAGUUGUUGCUGUGUUGUCGUCGCUACUCAUAAUUCCCUACGCCAUGGCCGCCCAGACUACAACCGUUGCGAGUCUCUCCUCUGGGGCAGAAACAGAGGUGGCUUCGAACCCGACGACGGCGCCGUCCAUCUCCGUUCUCACGCUCACGGAAAAGGAACUCACGACGACUUUCACCCCGCCGGCGUCGUGUCUCGAGGUGCAUCUUACGCAGUUGUCGUCGCCGGGGUAUGAGCUUUGGCUCAACGAGCCGCAGCCUGUGCCGAAUUCGAAGUUUGGCGAUUGUUAUCCGUCGGGGUAUAUUAAUGGGUAUACUAGUGUAUGUGAUCAACCUAUACAAAAUGCCUCGAGUUCUAUCGCUCCUAUGUUCUCGCCGCUGGUCUGUCCCGAAGGUUGGAACGCGGCGAGGACGUGGUCGAAUGGAUAUAUAGCUUGUUGCGCCUCUGGUUUUCAACUUCAUCUUCCCGACAAAACGGUAGACACCAACCGGCCGGCAUACGGGGGUACCUGUUAUAGUAAUUUCCAAGCCGGCCAGAUUGCGACGGUCACGGCGUAUGAUAACGCGAGUCUUACGGCGACGGUCGAAUGGGUCGCCUCGGCUACUACCGACCAAGCCUAUGCGCAUCCUAUAGACGGCUUUGCACUAAGUACGGACUCAAACUCCACUGGACUCUCAGGCGGCGCAAUUGCAGGCAUCGUAAUAGGUGUCUUAGUAGUCGUCAUCGCUAUUCUUGUUGGACUACUAUUCUUCUUAAGACGGUAUCGCCAGAAGAGACAGCAGCAAGCGCCCUUCGACGAAUUCCAGCAAGCUCAGCCGCGGCAAGAACUUCCUCAAGAACAAUAUAGCAAUAAGGAGCCUUUAGUCUCGCCCAGCACCGGAUACACACAAUCUCCAUAUACCGCCACUGCCGGAAUUUAUGAAGGCCCAACGCCUCCUUAUAGGCCUGCGGAACAUUACGAACUCGAUUCUCAGACACCAAAUGAACUUGAUUCGGGAUGGGCAGGAGGCGAGCUAGAAAAUCGGGAGAUACCGGCGCGUAGAUAGAACUGAGAUGGGGUUCCAUAAUAGAGCGGAGGGAAUAUCAACAGACGAAGACGGCAUGUUUAUAUCAUUACGACGCAACAUUUGAAAAGACUACUUUUUAAUGCGUUGGGUUGGAUCGGAAAGUUACAAUUUGAGCGAGCAUACGAAACCUACUACACACCGAGAUCCUACCUACCUACGUUUCUCAUACCACGCACAUACUAUUACAUACACAGAUAUCCUUCUACGUGCGAGUAGCUAGCUUACGAACGAAUACCCCAUAGCAGUUUAAAGUAAUACAGGUUAUUAGAUAUACAUACCAAGGUCCAAAUCUACCUAAUAUUUCCACCCUUGUGGGGGGUUCUUUCUUUUUCUCCGUAGCCCUUUAUCUAGUUUCUUCCCACUUGUCUGCCUCGUGGCGUCUUAAAUGUUGG